AUGCAAAUUUUCGUCAAAACCUUAACUGGUAAGACUAUUACUUUGGAAGUCGAAUCCUCCGACACCAUUGAUAAUGUCAAAUCCAAGAUUCAAGACAAAGAAGGUAUCCCACCUGAUCAACAAAGAUUAAUCUUUGCUGGUAAGCAAUUGGAAGAUGGUAGAACCUUAUCUGACUACAACAUCCAAAAGGAAUCCACCUUACACUUGGUCUUGAGAUUGAGAGGUGGUGGUAAGAAGAGAAAGAAGAAGGUCUACACCACCCCAAAGAAGAUUCCUCACAAGCACAAGAAGGUUAAGUUAGCUAUCUUGUCUUACUUCAAAGUUGAUGAUGAAGGUAAGGUUGUUAAAUUAAGAAAGGAAUGUACCAACUCCACUUGUGGUGCUGGUGUAUUCUUAGCUAACCACAAGACCAGAUACUACUGUGGUAAGUGUCACUCCGUUUACAAGGUUAACGCUUAA